AUGGAUGUUGACGAAAUAUCAACAAUAACUAUUAAUGCGGAAUAUGCUAAAACAUAUGAAGAAAGAAAAAGGAAUGAAGAACUAUCGAGACUUAAAGAAAAAUAUGGCGAUGUUAAAAUCGAUUCCGACGAAGAGGACGAGUCAACUUCGGAGGAAGAGGAUGAACUCGGCGAAUUAGUAACCCCCGAAGUAGACGCGCAAAUCAUGAAGACGAUUUCAGCUAUAAGAUCCAAGGAUCCGAGAGUAUAUGACUCACAUUUGAACUUUUUUGCAGUCGAUAACACUGGAUUAAGGGAAUUUGAAAUCUCAGAUGAUGAAAUACAAAAGGCUCGACAAGAUUGGACAGAUAAGCGACAAAAGAAGAAGGACGAGGGAAAACCAGUGCAUUUGAAAGAUUAUCAUCGUCAAAUGUUAUUGGAAGGUGGUGGUAUAAUUGAUGAAAAAAAUAAAGUAGAUGUUAAGUCCAAAGCAGCGAAAAUUGGGCUAAUGACAUUGGAAGAAAGUCAAAAACUUAAGAAUGAAUUUAAGGCAGCAAUUUCGGAAUUUGAUCUUUCCACAAAAGAUGAUGACGAAGAUUUCUUCAUUCAACGACUCAAAACUGACGAUGAGUUAAAGGCCGAGGAGGAAGAAUACAAGAAAUUUUUAUUGGAGUGCAUAGAGGACAACAGUAAUGACGUGGAAUUUGUUAACCGAUGGAGAAAUCACGAAACUGAUCCCGGUGUCGAUAAAGAUGAAGCUUUUUUAAUUGAUUAUAUACUUAAUCGUGGUUGGAUAGACAAGGAUUCGGCAAAGAUACCUUCUUACGAAGAGCUAAUUACAGAGCAUGAAGACGAGGAGCAAUUUGAUGAGGCUGUAGAUAAUUUUGAAAGCCAAUACAACUUCAGAUUUGAAGAAGAGUGG